AUGGACGUCGUCAUGGAGCGCUUCGGCACCCUCGAGUUGACCACCUUCUCGCCCUUCUUCUCGCCCGUCGUCCGCCGGCCAGAUCCACACAUCCUCCCAAGUGACAUCGAAAACUACCCCUCCCGGCCACUCCUCCAAUGGAUCAGACAAGUCAGCGACUAUGCCCGCUCCGGCCGCCUGCAAGCCGCCGCGCUCCUCCUCUCGCUCCUCGUCCUGGCCCUCACCGUCGUGCUCCGGCGCAAGCAGCGCACCAUCACCUCCAAGAACCCGGCGUCCGCCAUCAAGUGGCCCUACGAGAUCCUCUCCCAGCUCUGCCGAGCCUCCGCCGUCGCCUUUCUGAUCCGGGCCUACGCCGGCAACCGCGCCCACCUGCCCAUUGCUGCGCUCGCCGCUUACAUCCUUGGCCUCGGACUCGUCCGCCUCGGCUGCACGCUCCAAUGGCGUCGCCACAUCCUCUAUCACGUUAACCUGGUGCUGCUGGCUGCCGCCGCCCUCCUCGCCGUGGCAGAGUACUUGCCCUGCGCCCAGCUUCGCUUCGACUGCUCCUCCGAUCGCGGCAUCCGCGGCGCCCUCAUCUCCCUCGUCGCCGCCGUCGUCGUCGCCGCCGUCACCCCGACCGAGUGGCUGCCGCCUCAGCUCCCCUACGACAUUCCCGAAUACGACGUCGACGAGGAGCCCGCCCCCGAAGAGACCGUCAGCUGGUUCAACUACUUUUGCUCCUACGAAUGGCUCACCCCCGUCGUCUGGAAGGGCACGCGCGGCCGUCUCGACGCUUCCGACGUCCCCAAGCUGGCAUGGUAUGACGAGCCGCUCUACCUGCUGCGCAAGAUCCAGAGCGCCCGCGCUCUGAGCAAGUCCACCAUGUGGACUUCGCUGCGCUUUCAGCGCUCUGAGCUCGCUCUCAUGGCCUUCUGGGCAGGCUCCGCCUUUGCCGUUGAGAACGUUGCCCCGUUUGGCAUGUUCAAGCUCCUCGACUACCUCGAUGUCCCUACCAUUGCCACCUACCGCCCCUGGGUCUGGCUCGCCAUGGUCUUUCUCGGCCCGCUCACCCGUUCCUUGCUCUUCCAGCAGUACGUCUUCACCUCGACCCGUCUCAUCGUGCGCAUCAAGUCCGCCAUGACCCAGGAGCUCUACCACAAGGCCCUCGAGUCCAUGGAACUCGAAGACGACCCUUUCCAGAGCGCAAAGCGUAGCGGCGACGCCAAAAAGGAAAAUCCCGCCAAGGCGCAAAAGAGCACUUCUGCCGGCCGACUCGCCAACCUGAUGGCUGCGGAUGUGGACGCCGUCUUUCGUGCUAGAGACGUCAUGAUGGUUUUCGUCGGCGUCCCUGCCGGAACCAUCAUUUCUCUAAUUGGCCUCUACCAGAUGCUCGGAUGGGUCUCUCUCGUAGGCACUGCAGUCCUCAUCCUUGCCACCCCCAUUUCUUUUUGGCUGUCGAGAAUCAUGUACAAGACGCAGAUUACUGUGCGCAAGACCCAAGAUGCUCGCAUCUCCCUGGUCACCGAAUAUCUCGCUUCCAUUCGUGCCAUUAAAUUCUUUGCUUGGGAAGAUGCCAUUACCAGCAAGAUCAUUGCCGCCCGAGCCAGGGAGCAAAAGGGUCUCUGGAACAUUGCUGUGCUGCAGACCGUCAUCAACCAAGUCACACAGGCUUUCCCCUUCUUCUCGCUCCUCGUCAUGUUUGGUCUCUACGUUGGAGUCGGUGAUCGUCGCCUUGACGCCUCCACUGCCUUUACCACUGUUUUCCUGGUCAAGAAUAUUCGCCGAAAUAUUAUGAUGGCUAGCUCACUGAGCCGCUCUUUUGCCGGUGCCAUUGUUGCCUUUGGACGUCUCGACAAGUUCUUCGCCACCGCCGUGCCUCUAGUCGAAUACCCCGUCGGGCCCCUCCGCAUCAUCAACGCUUCGUUCCGUCGCAAUAAAAAGGCCGUCUUUAGCCUCGAAAAGAUUUCUCUCAACUUUGUGGAAGGCGGUUUGAAUGUCGUCACUGGCCAGAGCGGUAGCGGAAAGUCGACUUUGCUAAUGGCUAUUCUGGGUGAGACAUAUCUCGAGGCUGGUGCCGUGACGGCUCCUUCCGACAUCGCCUAUGCUUCCCAGACCGCCUGGCUCCAGAAUGACACCAUUCAGAAUAACGUCCUCUUUGGCAGCCCCAUGGACCGCAUGAGAUACAACCGCGUCCUUGAGGCUUGCUGCCUGCUCACUGAUCUCCAUGAGCUUCCCCUCAAGGAUCAGACCAUGGUGGGCGAGAAUGGCACCUCACUAUCUGGCGGUCAAAAGGCCCGUGUAGCUUUGGCGCGAGCUCUGUACUCUGGCGCUUCCCUCAUCCUCCUGGACGACAUUUUCUCCGCCCUCGAUGCCAAAACUUCAGCCGGUGUUUGGAAGCGCGCCUUUUGCUCCAGCCUGCUCAAAGGCAGAACCACAGUCCUAGUCACCCAGAUCCCCUGGAUCUCAUCCCAGGCCGAUUACGCCAUCUCUCUGGAUAAGGGACGUGUCGUCAGUGCCGAAGCCAACAUUGGAGCCGUCAGGCGCCCAAUCACUAUCGCUGAGGUCCUUGGUGGCGACGGCGAUGAAGACGGCGACACCGAAACUCCGAUGGAGGCCGAUCUCAACGAAAAUGGAGAGGCCGAGGAUACCACCCGCAAGCCACUCAAGGGCUCUGCCAACAAAGACCUGGUCAAUCAAGAAAUGAGGGCCUCUGGCAAGGUCGGCAGACUGACGUUUGUGGAGUACAUGGGCUACUUUGGCAGCCCCAUCUUUGGCAUCUCGUGCAUCGUCGGUCUCUUCCUGAGCAACAUCUUCUUCUUCGGAGGCACCUUUUGGCUGUCCGUCUGGGUUGAGGCGUACAACAAAAAGGGCUACGUCGAUAUUGCCUACUACAUGGGCAUUUACGCUGCCUUUACUUUCCUGGAGCUUCUCAGCUUCGGCUUCAUCAUUGUCAUGUUUGAGUGGGGUGCAUGGCGCGCUGCCCGCAGACUGCACAAUGAUUUUAUCCGCGCCGUCAUGAGUGUUCCGCUGUCCUGGUUCAAGACCAUCCCUGUCGGUCGCAUUACAAACCGCUUCUCCGGCGACAUGGCCUCCAUUGAUGGCAUGCUUAGCUCUCUGCUGAGAUCAGCGCUCGAUGCCAUCAUGAUGCUCUUUUUCCGCAUUGCCGCCAUCAGCUCGAUCAUGCCCGUUUUCAUGGUCCCGGCUCUCUUCACCUGCCUCUUUGGCGUCGUCAUUGGUGAAAUGUACACGCGCACUGCCGUCGUGCUCAAGCGACUUACCUCGUCCUCGCAGUCGCCCGUCUUUUCCCAGUUUGCGGAUACGCUCGCGGGACUGGCCGUCAUCCGCGCACGCGAAGGCAAGAGCAGGGAGUUUGGCAAGGAGCUGGCCGCCAAGCUGCGCGUAUGGUCGGCGGCGUCCGAGACCAACUACAACUGCAACCGUUGGGUGGCUGUGCGCGUUGACUUUGUGACCUCGCUGGUCGCCCUGUCUGCUGGCAUUAUUGCCAUCAACCAGGCCGGUCUGGUCGGCGCGGGCCUGGUUGGUUUCUCUCUCACGAAUGCCAACGGCCUGAACCAGACCAUUCUGAUGCUGGUUCGCGCCAUGAACGAUCUCGAGGUCGAGAUCCAGAGCUUCCACCGUGUCAAGGAGUAUACCAAAUUGGAGCCUGAAAAUGCUCACGACGACCCGUAUCCCGACGAGGACGACUAUGCGGAUGAUGAAACAAAGAUUGUCCCCAAGAACUGGCCGCAAGGAGGCGACAUUGAGUUCCGAAACGUGACCAUCCGAUAUGAUCCCGACGGUCCCAACAUUCUGACCGAUGUCAACCUCAAAUUCAAGGCGGGAGAGCGUGUUGCCGUAGUCGGCCGCACCGGCUCCGGCAAGAGCACGCUUGUCCUCUCGCUGCUGCGCUUCACCCACGUCGUCUCUGGACAGAUUCUGUACGACGGCGUGGACAUUACCCACGUGCCCCGCGACCGUCUGCGCAAGGGUCUGACCAUUAUCCCGCAAGAGGCCGUCCUCUUCAACGGCACCGUGGCGUCCAACCUCGACCCCACGGGCCUGCUCCCCCACGAGCGCCUGGAAAAGGCGCUGGAAAACUGCCGCGGCAUCGCCUCCUUCUCCGGUAGCGACUACUCCGAUACGGACGCCGACGGCCCCGGCCACAACCAGGGCAUCUCGCUGGAGACGGACGUGGACGCGCAGGGCGAAAACUUCUCCCACGGCCAGCGGCAGGUGCUCUCGCUGUGCCGCGCGCUCAUCCGCGAGAGCAAGCUGAUGCUGCUCGACGAGGCGACGGCCAGCAUGGACUACGAGACGGACCGCGGCAUCCAAAAGGUGCUGCGCGACGAGCUGGAGAGCGCGGGCGGCGGGCGCACGCUCGUCACCAUUGCGCACCGCCUGCGGACCAUCAUCGACUACGACAGCGUCGUCGUCAUGAGCGCCGGCCGGGUGGUCGAGUUUGGCUCGCCCCGGGGCCUGUUCGACUCCAAGGGGCUCUUUUACGACAUGAUUUACCACAGCGGCGAGAUGGACGAGCUCAAGACGAUUCUGAACGUCGAGGAGGACAAGGAUGGCGUGUCGACGCAGUCCUCGAGCACGCAGGUCGAGCCGACAGACUAA